AUAGAAUUAGCCUGUAGUUGCACGCAGCAGUAACAGUAUAUAUAGAGCGCCAAGACCCGUAGUUUCAGUUGACAGGAAACAGUCUUGCAGUUUCUCAACUCCAGUCACUCACUCACUCGCUCCAAGAGAUUCACUCACUCAUUCACUUGAAAUACCAUCUUCUAAUUCACAAACCGCCCACCAUGCGUUCCACCUCUGCCAUCGCCAUCCUCUCCCUCGUCGCCUCGGCCUCUGCCGCCCUCGACGUCCGCGCCCUCCUCCCUCGCGCAACCUCCACCUCCAACGACGACGCCGGCAAGUGCGCCUCCGAGGCCCUGAGCAUCGUCUCGUCCCUCCCCACGCCUCCUCCGGCCAUUGUCUCCGACUUGACCGAGCACCCGCAGACCGACCCCUGCAAGAUCAGCAUCGCCUCCAGCCUCAGCGCCGACUACUCCUCCUACGAGGCCAAGGUGCUGUCCUGGUUCAGCAGCCACAAGGAUGAGCUGACCUCGCUCGCCUCUGACUGCUCUGCUCUCGCCUCUUACACCAGCCUCGUGCCCGUCUGCAGCAACAGCCUGUUCUCUGCCGCCGCCGGUGCUACUGGCGCUGCUGCUACCACUGGUGCUGCUACCACCGGCGCUGCUCAAACGGGCUCCAGCUCCUCCAAGGCCACUGGCGCUCCCAAGUCUGGCACCAGCACUGCCGGUGGUGCUCGUGAGACUGGCAUGGGUCUUGCCGUCCUGGCCGCUGCUGGUCUUGUCGCUGUCCUGUAAACGGACUAUAACUUCAUAGACAGAUGGGGGCACUUUUCAAUCAAUGAAGAAAAGGGGGGGUAUAGACAUGUCUGAAUUCACGCUUUAUUGAGUAUGGACGACAUCUUGA